UGGGGCCGCCGCCUCUCCAGGAAACACUAUUUAAUGAAUAGUGGGAGUGUGCAGCGCUCGGGAUUUAACACAGCAGAGGCAGAAGCAUCACUCCAACCGGGAAACUACAAGUCAUUUUGUCUCAGAAACAACGUCGGUGAAGCUUGAAUCAUGUGUGGGAUCUUUGCCUACCUGAAUUACCAAGUGCCUCGCACCAGAAAGGAGAUAUUUGAGACGCUGGUGAAGGGACUGCAGAGACUGGAGUACAGAGGGUACGAUUCAGCAGGUAUCGCUGUGGAUGGCCCUAGAAAGUCAACUACUGACAUCAACAGCAACGCCAUCUGCUUGAUCAAGAAGAAGGGGAAGGUCAAGGCCCUGGAUGAGGAACUAUACAAGAAAGACUCGCUGGACCUGGAUGAGGAGCUAUGCACACACAUUGGCCUCGCUCACACUCGCUGGGCCACACACGGAGAGCCAAGCGCUGUCAACAGCCACCCUCAUCGCUCUGACAAGGAUAAUGAGUUUGUCGUCAUUCACAAUGGCAUCAUCACCAACUACAAAGAGCUGAAGGAGUACCUGAUCACCAAAGGAUAUGAGUUUGAGUCAGAGACGGACACAGAGGUCAUCCCAAAACUGAUCAAAUAUGUUUAUGACAACCGAGAGAAUGAUAGUGUCACCUUCUCCACCCUGGUAGAGAGGGUCAUCAAGCAGCUGGAGGGGGCCUUCGCUCUGGUGUUUAAAAGCCGUCAUUUCCCCGGAGAAGCUGUGUCCACCAGGAGAGGAAGUCCAUUGCUCAUUGGUGUGCGAAGCGAGCAUGAGCUGUCGACCGAAAACAUCCCCAUCCAGUACAACAGUGCUCACUUCAAGGAAGGGGUCCAGGAGAAGAACAGCCAUAACCGUCUUGACGGCUCCACGGCCAUCAACUCUGUGGGGGAUGGCAGAGCUGUGGAGUAUUACUUUGCCUCGGACGCCAGUGCCAUCAUUGAGCACACCAACAAGGUGUUGUACAUGGAGGAUGAUGACAUCGCAGUGGUGACCGGCGGCAAACUCUCCAUUCACAGGUUGAAACGACAGGUUGGUGAGGAUCCAGUGAGGGCAAUCCAGACCCUGCAAAUGGAGCUGCAACAGAUCAUGAAAGGUAACUUUGAGGCCUUCAUGCAGAAGGAGAUAUUUGAGCAGCCGGAAUCAGUUGUCAACACCAUGAGGGGCCGGAUUUGUUUUGACUCCAACACAGUGAUUCUCGGCGGCCUGAAGGACCACCUGAAAGAAAUAAAGCGCUGCAAACGGCUAAUAGUGAUCGGCUGUGGCACUAGUUUCCACGCUGCAGUGGCUACCAGACAGAUUCUCGAGGAGCUGACAGAGCUGCCUGUCAUGGUGGAGCUGGCGAGUGACUUCCUGGACCGCAACACACCUGUUUUCAGAGACGAUGUUUGCUUUUUCAUCAGCCAGUCAGGAGAGACAGCAGACACCUUGAUGGCAUUACGCUACUGCAAGAACCACGGUGCUUUGACAGUUGGUAUAACCAACACUGUGGGCAGCUCCAUCUGUAGGGAAACAGACUGCGGCGUCCACGUCAAUGCUGGGCCUGAGAUAGGAGUGGCUAGCACAAAGGCCUACACCAGUCAGUUUGUGGCCCUCGUCAUGUUUGCGCUGAUGAUGAGUGAGGACAGGCUCUCCCUACAGCCUAGAAGACUGGAGAUCAUCAACGGCUUCAGGGUGCUACCAGAGCUGAUAAAGAAGGUGUUGUCCCUGGAUGAGAAGAUCAGGGCCAUUGCCAAUGAACUUUAUCAGCAAAAGUCUCUUCUGGUCAUGGGCCGAGGUUUCAACUACGCUACCUGCCUUGAGGGGGCACUGAAAAUCAAGGAAAUCACAUACAUGCACUCCGAAGGCAUCCUGGCUGGGGAGCUGAAGCACGGACCUCUGGCACUUGUAGACAAAGACAUGCCAGUCAUCAUGAUCAUCAUGAAAGACGCCUGCUACACCAAGUGCCAGAAUGCUCUGCAACAAGUCACUGCCAGAUCGGGACGGCCGAUCAUCAUUUGUUGCCAGGACGACCCUGAGAUGACUAAGAACGCCUACCAGACCAUCGAGCUGCCACAUAUUGUGGACUGUCUGCAAGGCAUCCUCACCGUCAUCCCCCUGCAGCUCCUCUCCUUCCACUUGGCCGUCCUUCGAGGAUAUGACGUUGACUUUCCCAGAAACUUGGCCAAGUCUGUGACCGUGGAAUAAAUGCAGUUUGCAAAGCACAGGAGAGGAGAAAGGAGGCUCAUAGAUUUACAGUGCAAUUGUGCAAUUGAACGUUUUAUUGUGUGUGUGUGUGUGUGUGUGUGUGUGUGUGUGUGUGUGUGUGUAUGUGGUGAGGUUGGGGUGAAGUAGGAGGCUGUAUACUUGUAUGUGUGUGUGUGUGUGUGUGCGUGCAGAUGAGGGUGUGAGUGAGAGAAAGUGAAAGAGGGAGGUAUACGGUACAAUGACUUUAUAAAAACAAAAGAAAUGUGAAGUCUGACCAAUACACUGCUGAGGAAGUGCCAGUGCCAUAGAGGCCUCGCGGAACAAUCUAUGAAAACAACAUUCACACAUCCAAAGCAACAUGCUGUGCCUUUUGUCUUAUCUCGAGUUGAGCCAAAAAAAAAAACACAUACAACAGGCUUAACAGAAAAGCAUUGAUAUGGAAUAUUGAAGUGUUUACAGUUGUGCAAUAUGGGGACCAAACGUGCAUUAUGAAUGUACACAGUAUGGUGAUUAAUUCUCUUCUUGUUUUAUUAAUUUUCAAUCUAUUGGGGCCUUCUUACCUCUCUUUGCAUAAUGGGAAAUGUAGGAAUUUAACUGUUUCAUUCCAGAGAGUUCUUUGAGUUAUGAAUAUAUCAAUAUUGUAUAUUUUGUUGCACAUUCAUGCCAUCACUGUGCCUGGUGGGUCAUUAACCCAUAAUUUCAAUAUUUCUAGCAAAAGUUCUUCAAUCUAUCAUAUUAUUACUUGAUUCUCUUGAUAUUCUUUUGCUCCUUUUUAUUGUUUUUAAUUUUAAUUUAAAAUAUAUUUUAUAUCUAUUCUGUUUAACAGAAUUGCAAUUUCCAAAGUCAGUUCAUGGUAGAACAGGAACCUUUUUUCCAGAUUUUCUUUAUACUUAUUCGUGUCAUAGGGUGGAGCCUUUCCACAAAAAUACAUGAGAAUUAUUUAAAGAGCACUCAUGCAACAAAAAAAUAAUGAACGUGACUUUCAAUAAUACUUUUGUUUUGUCUGUCAUUUGUAAGGGUUUAUAAUAAAGAUUAUAUUCUGUAUUUAUCUGAUUUUUAUUUUAUAGGGGCUUAAGAGAGGGUUUGAUUUAUAUCUUUAUGAUUGUAUUUUAUACUGUAUGUUUUUUAGACAUAAACAGGCACUAUCAAUCAAUAAAUAGAUGAAGCAUUCUA